AGGGUUACCAGACCAUGGUUGGUAGUAGAGGGACUCAACUAAGUGGCGGCGAGAAGCAGCGAGUAGCCAUUGCCCGUGCUUUAAUUAGAAACCCUAAAAUCCUCCUCCUUGACGAAGCAACAUCAGCUCUUGACUCCGAAAACGAGAAAGUGGUUCAAGAAGCUCUUGAUAAAGCAAGACGAGGUCGUACUACCAUUAUCAUAGCUCACCGACUGUCUACCAUAUAUGAAGCUGAUUCUAUUGCUGUCCUUCAUGAGGGAAGUGUUGUGGAGCAGGGAACUCAUGAGGAGUUGAUGAGAUUGCAAGGACACUAUUACCUAAUGAACAGUGUUUCACAGCAGCAGAAGGAGGAGGAAGAGGAAGAUGACAUUUUUGUUUGAUUUAUUAUAAUUUUUAAUUGGUUUUCACUCACUAUAACUAUUAAAUCUAGCUAUUGAUUUUUAUGAUGGAAUCAUUUA